AUGGCUCUGUAUGGUGUGUAUGCAAAUAUCCGGUUCGCCGGAAGCGAUCCUGAGAAGUACUGGUCACUUUGCCAAAACCCACUCACCAUCGUGUCCAUCUAUGCGGGCGCCCAUGUAUACUGUAACCCGGACGACAUCCAGCCCGGAAAGGGUCUUCUUGCCAAGUACUGCCACGACUACGGCGAGUCCGAGCUACUGCCGGAGUCAGACUUCGCCGCAAACCUCACGCGGGAGUCCAUCAACAGACUGCCAGUGAUUAAGCAGGACGAAGUUACUCCGACGGAUAACUUCACUACCCCUCUGUUGAUCGACCGAGCCUGGUUUGACCUUAGCUACCGAACAGUGAAAACUUGGGACUUUGAAAUGAAAACACAUACAGACUAUGGAUGGGCCAUGUACGGAUUCUGGGGCACCGUGCUUCUCGUUGGCAUGUUCCAAAACCUUUUCCACCACUUGACCAACGGGAGAUCUGUGACAACACAACCUGACGUUGAGGACGGCGGGUCUCAAGAACGUACCAAUAUCAACAAGACAAAGAACCCUAUUGAAUCCGCCUAUGAUUGGACACGCACACAUUUCACCAUGCCUGGGAUGAUACCUGACCGGCACAAACAGCUAACCUGGGGAUGCACAUUUCCGACAAGAGCGGAUGCCUUCGUGAUCGGAUCAUUCUGGCUUGUCAGUUUACUUCUAUGUUGCGUGAACUACGACGCCUUCCAAGGGAACCUAUACUGGGCCGACACUGCCAGCCAAGUCUGGCGCUACGUUGCCGACCGAACAGGCAUCAUUGCGUACGCCAAUCUGCCCUUCAUCUGGGUAUUCGGCGUUCGAAACAACAUCUUCCUCUGGGCGACGGGAUGGCAGUUUUCCAGAUUCAAUCUCUACCAUCGGCACAUUGCGCGAGUUGCCACCCUUCAAGCUAUCAUUCACUCCAUUGGCUACACCGUCUUUUAUUUCCUCACUGAUCCAACCGGUCUGUUCUAUCACACUUCAAUUUUCGAUGGAGAAUAUGAUGCGUAUCUCUGGCCGCUCGUGGCCAUCUGGGGUUUUGACCGGCUCCUGCGAAUCAUUCGCCUCAUCUACUGCAAUGUCCAUGUCACGAUGAAGAAAUGCAAAGGAGUGAGCUUCUCUGAGGCGAUAGCGACAUAUGAUACAAGCGGCAACAUGAUCCGAGUUGAGGUCAGCCUCGAGAAUAGCCAUCUCGUGCCUGCACCUGGCCAGCACUAUUACCUGUAUCAACUCGGGAACUGGAGGCUCUAUGAGAAUCACCCCUUCACUCUGGCGUAUUGGGGAGACGCACCUACACCUGCUACACCCGUUUGCGGGAGCCGCAAUGAAGAAGGCAGUAGUAGUCCUACAGGCUCGGCUAGCCACAGCAACUCUCUACGUGGCUCCGACACGCAAGGUGUUGUUGGUGAUUCGCGUGGCGCUAAGCUGGUCUUCUUCGUCCGGCCAUGUGAUGGGUGGACGAGACGGCUGCGCGACGAGUGUGUUCGUUCCCCCGAUAAUACGACAACACCCAAGAUUCUUGUCGAGGGCCCGUACGGAACGCAAGAGAAGCUCUGGGUGUAUGGUCGUGUCCUACUGAUUGCAGGUGGGUCCGGCAUCGCGGCAAUCCUACCUUACCUACUCGACCAUGUGCAGCGGAGGGCGGUACCCGACGCUAAGUGCCGAACGCAACGUAUCAGUGUUGUGUGGGCGGACCGAAGCGAGACCUAUAUGCGCACCGUUGCUGCCGAGGAAUUGGCCAUCGUUGCUAGCCGCUCGGAUACCGAUGUCAAUUUGUAUGUGACGAGAGGGAAGGCCAAGGUAGUCGGCAGCUCUGAUGAGAAGGAGGUGGGUGGAGCCGGUCAGAAGUCAUCUUCUGCGAGCGAAAGUGGCGUCGAUGAGGAACAAUCUGCUGUGAUGUAUGGCAGGCCUGAUUUGCAGUCUAUUAUUGCCAAGGUCGCACAAGAGACGAAUGAGGAGCGUCUUAGUGCUGCUGUUCUGGUGUGUGGGCCGCCUGUGAUGGCGGACAAAGUUCGCGCAUCGAUAGUCGAGGCGAGGAGGGAGUAUAAUUCUUCUAUUGACUACUUUGAAGAAUCAUUUGGUUGGUAG